CAUCAAAUAAUCAUCUUAUACAUUGUAGAAAACUGAACCCAAAUCUGAAGCGCUGUCAUGGCUUUCCCCUGGGGAGCCCUCCUAACCACAACAUUGCUCUUUCUUGUUGCAUUCUCACUUCCUAAUGUCCAUGCUGAAAACAACACCAACAUAUAUAACAAGAAAGGUGAAUUAAGAAAGCAUCGACCAGCUUUUGCGCCUACUGGAUGGAAGAAAGCUCAAGCUACCUUCUACGAUGGAGACUCUAAAUCAUUUGGUGGAGCUUGUGGGUACGAUGAUGUGGUUAAGGAUGGCUACGGCCUAGACACGAUAGCAGUGAGUUCAGUUUUGUUUAAGGAUGGUCAGUCAUGUGGGUCAUGUUACGAGAUCAAAUGCACAGAUUCUAGUAAGGGAUGUAAGACGAAAUCCCCUCUUUUGGUGACGGCAACAAACGCUUGCCAUGGGUGCACACCCGAACACUUAGAUUUGGCCAAACCUGCAUUUCUCAAAAUUGCAGAGCAGAAGGCUGGCGCAGUCCCAAUCCUUUUUCGCAGGGUAGCGUGCAAGAAGAAGGGAGGGAUUCGAUUCACAAUCACUGGGAAUCCUCAUUUUAAUCUAGUAUCAGUGGGGAAUGUCGGAGGAGCUGGGGACGUCAAUCAAGUGCAGGUGAAGGGUGACAAGAAAAUCAAGCAUUGGACAAAUUUGAAGCGAAAUUGGGGUCAAAAAUGGCAAACUGAUGUCAUGUUACAGGGAGAGACAUUGUCUUUUAAGGUCAGAACUGGUGAUGGCAGGCACUCUAUCUCUCCCAAGAUUGCUCCCAGUGAUUGGAAAUUUGGUCAAACGUUUGAAGGCAAGAACUUCAAUUAGAUCUUAGUCUGCAAUUUCCACUUUCUAUAUAGGAAGUGACUAGGUUACUUGUCUACAUAGAAAGUUAGUUCAGCUCGGAUAAACAUUAUCCCUAUAUUUAUAUAUCACCUUUUAUU